AUGAUCACCACAGCGUUCUCGGCGAGUGUGGUUACUCUCUCAAUCUGCGCAGCAGGCACGUUCCUCCAGGGGGCCGAGUUCCCCGUCUGGACUUUUAUCACCGACAACUACGUGCAGCUUCUGACGGCAAACAUCCUCAUUUCAUACAUCCUAUCUGUUUUUCUCUACCUCAACAGUUUCACCGUCGACACCAAGUAUCCCAACCGCGAUCUUCGAGAGCUAGCUGCCGGUGGCACGACGGGCAACCUCAUCUAUGAUUUUUACAUCGGCCGUGAGCUCAACCCCCGGGUUACUCUGCCUCUGUUUGGGGAAGUCGACAUCAAGACCUGGUGUGAAGUUUGCCCUGGUCUGACUGGGUGGAUCCUACUUGACUUGGCAUUCAUAGCCCAGCAGUACCGCAACUACGGAUCCAUUUCCGACAGUAUUGUCUUCACGACUGCAGUGCAGGCAUACUACGUCCUAAGCAGUCAGUAUAACGAGUCAUCCAUAUUGACGAUGAUGGAUAUCACGACAGACGGCAUGGGCUUUAUGCUUUCAUUCGGCGACCUGGUCUGGGUACCCUUUCUCUACUCUACGCAAGCUCGUUAUCUCGCGGCUUUUCCCGUGCAUCUCGGCUGGCUAAGAACUCUCGCUGUCGCCGCGGUAUUCUUGCUCGGUAUUUACAUAUUCAAAGCGGCGAAUAAUCAGAAACACCUGUUCCGAACCCAGCCAGAUCACCCAGCCGUGCGUGAUUUAUCUUCCAUCAAAACCAAGCGCGGAACCCGUCUCCUCACAGCUGGCUGGUGGGGUCUCUCCCGGCAUAUCAACUACUUUGGUGACUGGUUGCAGGCUUUGCCCUUUAGCCUUCCCACGGGGGUUGCAGGAUACAUGAUUCUCCCAGCAGGAACCGCAUUGGCCUCGGGCGAUUUCACCGGAUCGCAAUCUCGCACUAUGCUAGACGGACGAGUGGCGGUCCAAGGACCUGCAGCUGGGUGGGGGAUGAUCUUCACUUACUUCUAUGUGCUGUACUUUGGAAUCUUGCUCAUCCACCGCGAACGCCGGGAUGAUGCCAUGUGCGCGAAGAAGUAUGGCGAAGACUGGAAGACGUACAAGCGGACAGUUAGAUGGAGGAUCUUGCCAUGGAUUUAUUGA